UAUAUGGAGUUCGUGCUCCUUAUCUAGUCUCCAUGGUUAGAAGGUUGGAAUUUGGAGUUGAAUUUCGUAGACACGUGUGUGGAGAGGUUAUAAAAUUAUUAUUAUUGUUUAUUGAUGGUGUCGAAGUGAUUAUUAGUAAUAAAUUUAUUUAAAAUGGUUGUAUUUACUUGUAACAAUUGCGGUGACUCGUUACAAAAACCCCGGGUUGCUAAACACUAUCAGUUUCAAUGCCGAAAAAGGGUUUCGCUGUCAUGUGUUGAUUGUUUUAAAGAUUUUUUGGAUGACGAUUAUGUAUCACACACAAAAUGUAUCACAGAAGCUGAGAGAUACGGAGGUAAAAAUUUCGUCGCGAAACCCUCGGCUAAUAAAGGAGAGAGGAAGCAGCAGGAGUGGAUCAAAGUAAUAAACAGCGUGCUGUGCUCGAGUAAUCUGAGUAAGGAGGAAAAAAAUUUUUUAAAAAACAUUUCAAAGCAUGAAAACGUCCCGCGAAAAAAGCCAAAGUUUUUAAACUUCGUUAAAAACGCCAUGGGGUACCGGGUCGACGUAACCAUCGUCGAGAGUUGUUUCGAUAAAAUAGAGUUCGCGUUUAAGGAAAUUAAUAAUAAGCAAAUUGAUAACGGAGUCAAAAAUGAGUCCGAAGCGAAUGACAAAUUAUCAGGUGAAGUAAAACAAGAAUGUAAACCUGAAACUAAUGGGUUAGUUUCCAAUGAUCAGGAAAAGAAGACUAAGAAAAAUAAACGUAAGUUGGAAAAUGAACACAAAGAAGAAGAAAAAGAAAAAGAAGAAGAAAAAGAAGAAGGAGGAGAAAAAAAAAAAUUAAAAAUUGAAAAUUGUCAGCAAGAAGUCAAUGAAAAAUUUAUAUGGAAGGAUAAAAUUAUAGAAAUAAUAGGAGACCGUAAUGAAAUGUCAUUAAAAAAAUUACGUAAAAAAAUGAUGAGAUUUUUACCUGAGUACAAAAAUGAGGAAGAAAAAUUUGAUAAAAAAUUGACUAAAAAAUUAUCUAAAAUAGAAGAAUUAAUUUUAGUAGAUAAUAAAAUAAAACGUAAAUAAUAUUUUGUAAUUAAUAUUUGAUAAAUAAAUUUAUAAUUUACAUAUUUAUAUACAAA